AUGCCACCGAACACCAGCGCCCAUCGCCAUCAGCAGGCUAUGCCGUUGCCGUCGCAAAACGUCUUCCAGGCCCAAACUGCCGGUGUGCUGCCUCCUCCAAUGGACAGGACUACGAACGCAUGGAGCGCUAUCGAUAAUACUAGCCGACCCCUGCCGGUUCGCGGGCCCACUGUCAAUCCUCUGUCUGGCCCCCGCAACGAUAAUAUUUGCACGCUCUUGUUCUCGACUCGGGGAGAUUUCGUCGGACUUGUACGGCCACCACCUGCGCGCGUCGCGGUUCCGCCGCGGUAUUGUGCAACGCCACUGAGGACCAGCUUUAGCUAUCGGACUGCUUUUUAUCCGACGACUAGGGGGAUUAUGACCGCUGAGACUCAGAGGCAGGUACACUGGAACCCGGAUGCGGACUACUAUCAAGGUAUGUAUACGCGCCCUCCGGUUGUUCAAGUGGUUCGGCCUCAGAGUCAUUAUCGCUUGCAUGCGGCCUCUGGAGUUCCUGUUAGGCGUCUUGUUCCUGCGGCUUCUCAGAACUAUGCUGGAGGGCCCCAGUCGUUCAAUGUAUGUUCCGAGCAGUAUGUCCUGCCUAGCUCUGGGUUUCCGCUGGUGUCAAGCUAUGAGAACUGCUACGCGGUCCCUGGUAGUCCAGUUCUCUCUGAUUUAGGCGUGGACUCUGCUGAUACUCCUAUUUCUCUGGAUGUCGAUUGGGCUAUUAUUCAUCGCAAGGUCUUCGACACUGUCAAUGCUUUAGAGUGGUCUGGGCCUGUCGCUAUUGCUAACACGCUUCUAACUGCGUCAUUUGAGAGUACUGAUGCACUUAUGUUUCAUGCAGUCGUGAUUCUAUUGGUUAUCAAACAGCUUAAAGCCCGGCGUAGCCUUCUGGUAAAGUCUUUCAUAGACCGUUUGGGGAGUUUUGCCAUGGCUCAAUUUUGGCAUCUUUGGAGAGACGGGACCUGGUUGAAUCUCAGCGAACCACUAUUUAUCGAAGACUUUCCCGCUCGUUUCAAACUUGGCCUCGGCGUGGCAAGAGCUAUUGGUUGUCUAUUUCGUAUUGGGAUUAUCCACGGAAGCGAAGUUAUCAAGUGCCUGGACUUCCUACUAGACUCUGAGGAUUCUAUUCACCGAUUGUCGGCAAUUCAUGCGAUCGUCAGUAUGGCUGGCGUCAAAUUUUGCAGUCCGAAAUAUACACACGAAGGUGUCGUAGAUAUUUAUCGGGACCUUGGGUCGAUUUACAUCGAAAGUGGGAUUUACAAUAAAUAUGGGGCUUACGCUGAAAGUGGGGCUUACGUUUGGGCUCCUGAGGGUCCUUCCAGUCCUUCGUAUACGCUCCUCAUGAUAGAUGGCGUUAUUCUGUUAUUCUGCUUCUUGUCUCCUCUCCUCAACUGGCCUUGCGUUAUGGAGGGUAAUAUCAGCACCAGCACAUCCACCGUUCGCUCCUUGCACCAGAAUAUAUCAGAGAUCAACACCUGUCUGACAGCGAACAACGGCUCGGUGCCAUCAUCGCCGAGGUCGAGCACGCUGCCUUCACCGCCGGACAGUCCUUCCUCGGACGUCUCGUCGCUGCCUUCUGUUUCGUCUUCUUUCUUCUUCAGUUCAUCUGCCGCGAGCCCGAGAUAUUCACGUCCGCACUCAGAUCAUGGAAGGGAUACUACUGAAGCGCUCAUCAUUCCAUCCUUGACCAUGCCUCCUGCGCUUUGUCGGCCGACGCCUUACGGGCAAACUUUGGGCGAGUUGAGAUUGUUAGUACUUGGCAGUCAGGGAGCAGGGAAGAGCUUUUUGACGGGCCUGCUGCUUGAGGACAACGAGGAUGUUGUGGAAGUGGGGACAUGGGAGGAUGCAGAGUAUGGCAAGGUUCUUCGCGCCUCCACUGAUUGGAUCGAACAUAAAGAUAAUCAUGGCCUCGAGAAGUUCGAGCCUACUCGAAACGUGGAGAUCGUGGAAUUGCCUGGGUACAAUUAUCAUAAUGAUACUAUCAUACAUUCACCAUUUAAUGCUGUAUCGGAUGUCUUGCAUCCGAACCAGCAACCUUCUGCCGUAGUCGCCAACCUAAUAUCAUCCGCAUCCACGCCGUUGUACACCGCCCUCGUCUUUCUGCUAACAUCUGAUAAUCUGGGAAACGAAAUACCUAUCAUAGUUCUCCCGCGUCUCCGGGAUUCGGGCUCUGCCAAAUUGUCAUCCUUCCGACCUGCAAACGCUGUCGCGCUUCGGGCGGGUCUCUUUCAUUCUCCGGAGACGCUCACACUACUGCGCACGGAGGCAGCCGAUCGCUUUCUACGAUGGCGCGAGGUGGAGCGCUCAGUUGACCAUGUCCACCAAGCGCAAAGAGAGCGUGAUGUACACAGAGAAAAGCAAAGAUGGGAUAAAGCCAAGUGGGAAUCGGAAUGGAUGGUUACACUCUCGCAGGAUGUUUCGAAACGUGUGCGAGAGGGAACCAUCACUGAGCGAGACGUUAAACGACCUCAGCCACAGCUCGCAGAGCGCUCGGUCUCGUCCAGUCGCCCGUACGCCAACUCGCCUCCUUUUGACCCUCUUCACCUCCCGUCACUUUUGAUGUUUUCUGUCUCCUUGCUUGAUCCACUGCGGAGCAGGAUUGAGAGUACCUUUUCAGAGUUUUGGGACGCCCUGGGGGAGUUCCACGUUCGGUUUGCUUUGAUUGGCGGAUUCUGUGUUGGCGUUGGUGUUGGGUUUUUUGUUCGGGUGGCGGCUGUUCCAAGCGGGAGGCAACAUAUUCGCUCAAAUUUGCCGGCAUUCGGGAUCGUGAUCCGCUGGAAAGGCGGUCACGCCCAAGUCACACCGUUCACUUCUUCUCCACAACUCACAACUUUGGACAGGCAAGCAGGGACAGCCUGGCAUUGCGUCAAACUCACGGCUAUCGUACAACUGUUUCCUCGCUGUUUCGAAUUCGGUGCCAAUUUGACUGGAGAGUGGGAAUCCCUGCUACGAUUGCGGUUGGAUAGCGGUCAACCGUCAAACGAAUUUACUGGCAGUGCAGCCUCCACUAGCAGCGUAGUCUUCCGGGAACUGUCUAGCUCGCUGAUAGUGUUUUCUAGUUUCUGGUGGGGCCCUGAAUCCACCCGGUCUGCCUGUGUUAUCCUCUACACUACUCAUUGCACGGAGCCUAGCUAUGGCAUAAAGGUUCCGUUUAGGCCGGCAAUGAAUGACUUGUGCUUCUGGGCUUCUGGGAUGGAAGCUGGAAGUAACUUAUUGGAUGAGGGGGGCAACGUUGCAUUGGCCACGCAAAGAAUAUUGGUUCAGUCGAUCACGAUCGUCUGA